AAUCGAUGUGUGAAUAUCAUAGCACGUUUAUUCAACGCACCUUUGAAAGAGGAAGAAAUAGCAAUUGGUGUUGGCACAGUGGGCUCAUCAGAGGCCAUAAUGUUAGCGGGCCUAGCCUUCAAGAGGAACUGGCAAAACAAACGCAAAGCUGAGGGAAAGCCUUAUGAUAAGCCCAAUAUUGUUACUGGCGCUAAUGUUCAGGUGUGUUGGGAGAAAUUUGCAAACUACUUUGAAGUGGAAUUGAAAGAAGUAAAGCUAAGGGAAGGGUACUAUGUGAUGGACCCAAUGAAAGCUGUGGAAAUGGUAGAUGAGAACACCAUUUGUGUUGCUGCUAUUUUGGGUUCAACUCUUAAUGGAGAAUUUGAAGAUGUCAAACUCUUGAAUGAUCUGCUGAUUGAAAAGAACAAGCAAACUGGGUAAACUACUUCUAUUCUCUAAUUUAUCUGUUGAAAGUUUCUUUUCUUUUUUUGUUUGUUUGUCCAAGUAUGUAUAUAUAGGUUUAACCUCCUGUUUUAAUAAAAAGAUAUGUGGAACUAGCAUUACCUCUC